AUGGGCUUUGUUGAUCGCGGUGGAGGCCGGGAGGCCAAAGGAUCGAGCUUGCGUAGAUCAAAAAAAAACCCUGGUGCACCCUCUAUCAGCAACCAGAGUCAGCACAAGGAUAAUAUUCUGUCUCUCACACGCUCAGCAUCCUUCCCGCCGUUCGCUUGUACAGAGAUAAUUUCAAACAUGAUAGAAUAUGCACGGUACCAGGCCACUCGCAACUCUUUUGCUACAUCACCAUCGUCUUUAAUCCACGCUCUCAGUGAACACGAAGAGUCUGCACUCGUGCAAACUCCAAGUAUGCUGUGCAAGACGCCUCAUCUCUACGGCGCUGUUUGGCAACUCUGUGAAUUUCUCAAUAUAUCAGGUCUUCCUCAAAAUAAGGUGAUGACGUCUAUCAGAAGUACCGGUGUAUGCCAUAGUCUGCUGCCAAUCCAACGGCACAUCGACGCCUCUGCUGCAAUUCUUUCAAGGAGACUUGAAUUCGAUCAGGCGGGUUUAUAUCGACGAGCUGUGGAAGAAGGAAAACUCAGCGCCGUGCUUUGCUGGUGUUCGGAGCAGAAUCGUCAGUCGACACUGGUGGAAACAUGUAAAGAGAAUAACAAACUCUUCCUUUCUGGCAUACAACAGUUACGUGAUAGCGUGGUGUUUGGAGACAAAAAAAAGGGAAAGUGUCCUUCACAGAAGACAAUCGAGAUGGGGUUCAGCAUAUAA